AUGGCGGUGAACUUCCUGGGCGGCGCGUCGAACGUCAAGGCGCUGGUGUUCGACUGCGACGGCACGCUCCUGUCCACGAUGGAGGCGCACUGGGAGGCCUGGAACUUCGUGACGACCAAGUACGGCAUCAAGUUUGACAAGUACGGGCUGCACAAGAGAGCAGGCCGGCCCGGGAUCAGCAUCAUGGAGGACCUGCUGCGGGAGCAGGGCCGCACGGACCUGGACGCAGACAGCAUCGUGCGGGAGAAGGUCGCGUACUACGACGAUCAGAACCUGCUGGACGCUGUGGACGUGAUCGCACCCGUCGUGAGCAUACUCAAGCGGGCGCACGCGCAGGGCCUGAAGGUGGGAGUGGUGUCAGGCGGGACGCGGCACCACGUCGUAGACGGGCUCAAGGGCAAAGGCCUGUACCCGCUGGUGGAGUCGUGCAUCGUGACGGCCAACGACAUCCUCGAGCUCGGCCUGAAAGGCAAGCCGGCGCCGGACGGGUUCCUCCGCGCGGCGGAGCUGCUGGGCGUCGAGCCGGGCGAGUGCAUCGGCUACGAGGACGCGGACCUGGGCAUGGAGGCCAUCGUGCGCGCGGGGUACUUCGCGGCGGUGGACGUGCGGCACAUGCCCGGACACCCCGAGUACGAGGAGCGAGCGGCGAAGCAGGCCGUCGCCGCGCAGUGA